CUCCUUCCCUCCCUCUCCCGCUGCCCUCUCCGUGUUUGCGUUUGACAAAGAAAUGAUUUGAACUUCCCGGAGCCGCAGCGAGCCCGGGAUCCCGGGCCCAUAUGGAUGUGAUUUCGCAGCCGCGUCCCAGAUGAUCCAGCGGCACCGGGAGCCGCGGCGCUGAGCGCCUCCGCCGCCUCUCCCUUUUCCCCAUCCAUCCAUGGGCUCCGCCGCGGAAUUUUGGGAGCUGCCCGCCACUCCAGCCAUGAGAAAACGAGGAAAAAACCCGGCGUCUCUCGUCAUGUGCCUCUCGGGCUGAAAAGCUGGGGAGCCGGAGGAGCAAAAUCCCUUUGGCGGAUCGGGGGAGGACGAGGAGAAACCCGCGCCGCUGGAAUUCCGAGCUCGCCUCCUCCUCCCGCUUCCCUGCGCGGGGCUGGAUGCUGGAAGCAGCCCCUUGGAUAUGGGAUCAUAUCUGGUGUAUCCCAGCCUGGGUUUGAUCCUCUGCUGCUCCGUGCUCAGCUCCGUCUACGCGCUGGUGGAUGCCGACGAUGUCAUCACCAAGGAGGAGCAGAUCUUCCUCCUGCUGAAGGCCAAGGCCAAGUGCGAGCGCCACCUGAAAGCCAAGGUGCCCAAGGUGCACGAUGGAUUCUGCCUUCCGGAGUGGGACGGCAUCGUGUGCUGGCCCGAGGGCGUGCCCGGCAAGGUGGUGGCCAUGCCCUGCCCCGAGUACAUCUACGACUUCAACCACAAAGGCCACGCUUAUCGCCGGUGUGACCUGAACGGGAGCUGGGAGCUGGUCCCGGGCAACAACCGCACCUGGGCCAACUACAGCGAGUGCGCCAAGUUCCUCACCAACGAGACGAGGGAAAGGGAGGUCUUUGAUCGCCUCUAUUUGAUUUAUACUGUUGGAUACUCCAUCUCCCUGGGAUCCCUCACAGUUGCUGUCCUUAUCCUGGGAUACUUCAGACGUUUGCACUGCACUAGGAACUACAUCCACAUGCACCUGUUUGUGUCCUUCAUGCUGAGGGCCGUCAGCAUCUUCGUGAAGGACGCGGUCCUGUACUCCGGGUCAGCCCUGGAGGAGAUGGAGCGCAUCUCCGAGGAGGACUUGAAAUCCAUCACGGAAGCGCCUCCAGCGGAUAAAUCGCAGUUUGUGGGCUGUAAAGUAGCUGUCACCUUCUUCCUCUACUUCCUGGCUACCAAUUACUACUGGAUCCUGGUGGAAGGGCUCUAUCUCCACAGCCUCAUCUUCAUGGCAUUCUUCUCGGAGAAGAAAUAUCUCUGGGGAUUCACAUUAUUUGGCUGGGGACUCCCUGCUGUGUUUGUCACAGUGUGGGCCAGCGUCAGAGCCACUCUGGCCGACACAGAGUGUUGGGACUUGAGUGCUGGCAAUUUGAAGUGGAUUAUUCAGGUGCCCAUCCUGGCAGCUAUCGUGGUAAAUUUUAUUCUCUUUAUCAAUAUUAUCAGAGUCCUCGCCACCAAGCUCCGAGAGACGAAUGCAGGGAGGUGCGACUCGAGACAACAGUACAGGAAGCUGCUGAAAUCUACCCUCGUCCUUAUGCCUCUGUUUGGCGUUCACUAUAUUGUUUUCAUGGCUAUGCCAUACACAGACGUGUCAGGGAUUCUUUGGCAAGUUCAAAUGCACUAUGAAAUGCUGUUCAACUCUUUCCAGGGAUUUUUUGUUGCCAUCAUAUACUGUUUUUGCAAUGGAGAGGUCCAAGCAGAAAUAAAGAAGUCAUGGAGCAGGUGGACUUUAGCACUUGACUUUAAAAGGAAAGCCCGGAGUGGGAGCACAACCUACAGUUAUGGACCAAUGGUUUCCCACACCAGCAUCACAAACGUAGCCACCCGAGGGGCGCUCGCCCUCCACCUCAACACGAGACUUAUUCCAGGGACCCUCAACGGCCACAGGAAUCUGCCAGGUUAUGUGAAAAAUGGCUCCAUUUCCGAGAAUUCCAUGCCUUCCUCCGGCCCGGAGCAGUACAACAAGGAUGAGGAAUACCUGAACGGCUCCGGGCUCUACGACGGAGACAGACCCACGGUCCUGGUGGAAGAGGAGAGAGAGACAGUGAUGUAAAGACAGGAGGAGGAAAGGAAAAAUUCAGCCAAAGGAUGGGGAAAAAAAAAAAAAAAAUGGUUCCUGGAGAGCGUUUAGUGGGAAAAGACCAUCAGGCCAUGCAGCGGAUUCCGAGCGUUUCCAUGCAGCUCCUCUGUUCUGUGGAAUGAGAGAUUAAGUUAUUUGGGGAAACAAAAAAAAAAAAAAACAACAAAAAACCAAAAAGCGAGCCACCAGCGUGGCCAGUGGGCGAUGCCACCCGUGAAUUCCGUGACCCACGUUCUCCUGGUGAUAACAGAGCUCUCCAGACCUGCUGGACACCGGAGACCUGCGUGGUCCUCGGGUCCCUCGGGGCCGAGGAGGACGGGAGCGUCCCCCAGGAAAGCAGGAGGCGCGCAGGGAGGGUGCAGGGCCAUGGUCCUGGGAGGGGACAAAGCCACCCUGGGGGUCAGCGGCGUGGGUUUGGUUUGUUCUCUGCCUGUGGAUCUGCCUGGUGACACACACGGGGCUGGGAAAGGCCCCGCCAUCCGUCGGUCGAAGGUUGCGUUGGGUACAGCCAUGCCCAUGUUCUUCUUCCCUUGGGAAUUCUCGCUCCUUGGAAAAAUGCUCCUCUGGGGCGGGGAGGGUUAACAGCUCAUGGAGAUAGGCAGGGAUUGUCCUCUCCUUUCCCCAAGUCCUGGGGACAAGGCAGAAAUCGGUACAAUUUUAGGGUUGGAUGUGGGAGCCGGUACAAUUUUAGGGUCGGAUGUGGUUGUCGGAAUGUGCGGCAUUCCCGCUCUUCCAGAGGGGCAGGUGGAGAGGGAACCACCAAGGGCACGGAAUUUGCACGUCCCAGAGGGGUGAUUGUGGCCAAAAUCAGCUCCCAGGGGGGAUAACUCGGCCCUGCCUUUUUGUGGGUGCUCCUGGAAAGCAGCUUCCAUCCUUUCCUAAAACCCGGGAUUGCUCCUCGCUCUGCUCUCUGAAUGUCCUGUCCGUGGAAUUCUGGAAUGGUUUGGGUUGGAUGGAACCUUAAAGGUCACCUUGUUCCACCCCCUGCCAUGGCAGGGACACUUCCCACUGUCCCAGGUUGCUCCAAGCCCUGUCCAGCCUGGCCUUGGACUCUUCCAGGGAUGUGGAAUCUGUGGAUGUGGAUCCACAGUUUCUCUGGAAAAUUAAUUUUAAAAAUCCAAACCCUAAUGGGGAGAAAGACUCCACCAGCUGCUCUUCUGAGGGCUAAUUAAGGAUUAAUUUCCCCAACUUUGAAGGAAGUCAGGAAGAGCAGGUGGGAUCCUGACUUUGUGUCCCAAACCUUUACCAGCCUCUCAGAUUAGGGCCUGACCAAACCCUGGUGGAAUCCAGGGAAAAGUCUCCUCCCUCUGACACGUCCAAGGUUUGCAUUCAGACCUGGUGGGGAAUGUGGUGGCUGCGAGGUCCUGACAGGAGCUGGAGCUCCUCUCCAUCCUCACAGAAUCCCAGAAUCCCUGAGGUUGGAAAAGCCCUCCAAGGUUGUCAAAUCCAAGUUGUGCCCAAUCCCCACCAGAGCUCUGAGUGCCACAUCCAGAAAUUCCUUGGACACCUCCAGGGAUGGGGGCUCCAAACCUCCCUGGGCAUCUCCUCCGGAGGCCUGAGCCCCCUUUCCAUGAGGAAAUUCCUGCUGGUGUCCACCCUGAGCCUGCCCUGGCCCAGCCUGAGGCCGUUCCCUCUUGUCCUGAACAGAAAUCUCUGACAGCCAAUAUUUAUUCACGAUGUUCUUUUCUUGUUUCGCCUCAUCAAAAGAAGUCAGACCUCAUCAUAAUCAUUUCCCACCAAAUGAGAGUUAUCAAAAUAACAACUUUU